GGCCGAAGGAGGCAUCCCUGGUUCUGGGGAGGGGAGGGCGUGGCUUCUCCGCUGGGCGGGUGUCCGCCCCGCAGGCCCCUCCCCGUGGGCAGCUGUCUCCGCGCGCCAAAAUCAAACCCCGAGGUCCGCGGGCCAGGGAGCCAGUGAGCAUUUUGGCUGCAGGCGGUAAAUCAGCCUAAGCCCGGAGGCAGCGCGAGCCCCGGGGCACGCACCUGCCGCUACCGCCCAGGCCUCCCUGCCUACCGCGCUCGGGGCCGCAACAAGACGACAGAAUGGCUACCCCGCCCAAGAGAAGCUGUCCAUCGCCUGCAACCAGCUCUGAGGGGACCCACAUCAAGAAAAUCUCCAUCGAAGGGAACAUCGCUGCAGGGAAGUCAACAUUUGUGAAUAUCCUCAAACAAGUCUGUGAAGAUUGGGAAGUGGUUCCUGAACCUGUUGCCAGAUGGUGCAAUGUUCAAAGUACGCAAAAUGAAUUUGAGGAGGAAUCCAUCUACUUUGAGCAUGAACUUCCAGGAAGUGUUCAGGGAUCUUUAUUGGGACUAGAGUUGAGAAAAGGAUUUAAGCAAAAGAUUUUUCAUGCCUUGAAAGAACUGACAACAUCUCAGAAAAGUGGUGGCAAUGUUCUUCAGAUGAUGUAUGAGAAACCUGAACGAUGGUCUUUUACCUUCCAGUCAUAUGCCUGCCUCAGUAGAAUACGAGCUCAACUUGCCUCUCUCAACGGCAGGCUCAAAGAUGCUGAGAAACCUGUGUUAUUUUUUGAGCGGUCUGUGUAUAGUGACAGGUAUAUUUUUGCAUCUAAUUUGUAUGAAUCUGACUGCAUGAAUGAAACUGAGUGGACAAUUUAUCAAGACUGGCAUGACUGGAUGAAUCACCAGUUCGGCCAAAGCCUUGAAUUGGAUGGAAUCAUUUAUCUUCGAGCCACUCCAGAGAAAUGCUUGAAUAGAAUAUAUUUACGGGGAAGAAAUGAAGAACAAGGCAUUCCUCUUGAAUAUUUAGAGAAGCUUCACUAUAAGCAUGAAAACUGGCUACUGCAUAGAACACUGAAAACCAACUUUGAUUAUUUACAGGAGGUACCUAUCUUAACAUUGGAUGUCAAUGAAGACUUUAAAGACAAACAUGGAAGUCUGGUUGAAAAGGUCAAAGACUUUGUGAGCACUUUGUGAUCUUGCUGAAGACUGCAGAUGCCAGAUGUUUCUAGACACUUCAGUUUUGAGUAUCUUUGUAGUUCCAUAUUCAUACAUGACUCUAGAGAACCCAAGUUUUUUAACCAUUUUUACUGCAAGAAAACAUUUUUUGUUUUUUAAGAUGAACCCUAUGCAAAAGUUUACAACUAGUUACUUAACUGGAAAGUUUAAUGUUAAAUAGCAAACUUUAAUUUUACAUAGCAAAUGGUAGGGUGUCCUGUGUAAAUCAGUGCAGUAUUAAAAGUUGAGAAGUGGAAAUUAAGAACUCUCUAGAAUAAGGACGCUGAAAUUUAAAAUGUUUUCGAUCAAGUGCCUCCUUUCCAACCUAGUUUAUCUUGAAGAUAAGACUACAUUUAAUACUUAAUCACUUCAUUGAUAUUUAUUGAUGUGUCUAUGGCACAUUUAUACAGCAACCAGUUAGGCUUUGUUCCCAGUUUGGUAGUGAUAUAACCUAUCUUAUAAGCCAUUUAAUCUUUUCUCUGCCUUUGUUUCUUCAUCUGCAGCAUGGAUGAGAUGACUUUCAUCCUUUUGCAUGGGACUUUGGAGAUUAAAGAGGAAAUGCCUCUAUGCUUAAAAGAUAACUGAAAAUUGUUACUUGAGUAUAAAGAUUCCAUUUACAUGGAGCUGAAAAUAGCUACUCACAUCCUCCCUUCUCAGAUUGUUCUUUUAGGAUGGAAAAUGAUUUUUAUAGUUGAUAGUUGUUUUUUUUUUUCAACUAUGAUUGUCCUUAAAUCAUCUGAGUUGGAAGUAUAGUUUUCUCUAAAUUUCUUUCCAAAAAGGCAAUGUUAGUAGAACAUAAUGAGAGACUAGUUUUUCCGUUUUAUUUUCCAUUGUUCCUGCACUGGGAGUGAGUAGUCUUUCUUUACUUUACCCUUGGUGAUGAGUUAAAAGAGAAACUCUGAAACCAAAGUAGAUUAUUUUAGCAGUUUGGUCUGUUUAGUCCCAAUUCUUAUUUCCUACUUCAUCUUGUUUCCCCUGCUGUCUGAAUUAAUUAGGCAGCCUGCUAUUUUUAAAGAUUAAAUAAAAGCCACACAUUUCUACUUUGAGAUCACUGUGUUCACUCUCCACAUCAUAGUUUGCACUGCUUCUUUUUAGGGUUUUGCCUUAUGUAUUUUCCAACAAUUUAGGGGAAAUUACUGAUAAAAAUUAUCUUGCUUUAUAUGUUAUAUAUCCUGAAAGAAUUAUCAUUUUUUGAUGAGUUAGGAAAUAUAUGUAACAAAAAAGACAGGGUAGAACCAUUUCCAUCAAAAAGAAUCACCAAAAAAUCAAACCAAACUUGAUGCUGUUGAGUUGAUUCUGUUCAUAGUGAUCCUACAGGACAGAGUAGAACUGCCCAUAGGGUUUUCAAGGAGCAGCUGGUGGAUCCGAACUGCUGACCUUCUGGUUAGCAGCCAAGCACUUAAGCACUGCACCACCAGUGGGCCGAUAAGUGAUAAGGCAUACGUAAUUACUUAUCUUUAAGCUCCUUACAGGAGCCCUGGUGGUGCAUUUUGAAUCCAUCAGCUAUUCCUUGGAAACCCUACGGAACAGUUCUACCCUGUGUUAUAGGAUUGCUAUGAAUCGGAAUUGAAUUGAUGGCAAUAGAUUUUUUUUUUUAAGCUAUUUAUAUAAAUAGUUGUAAUUUUAAAAAUGCAUAGAUUCACAUUAGGUCUGUAUAAUGAAAGAGUUUUGUUUUUUUGUUUUUGCUUUUUCCCAGUUUCCCAUUGCCGUUGAUUUCAACUCAGAGUGACCGUGUAGGGCAGAGUAGAACUGGCCCAUAGAGUUUCUGAGGAGUACCUGGUGAAUUAAAAUGCCAACCUUUUGGUUAGCAGCCAUAGCUCUUAACCACCACGCCGCCAGGCUUUCUGGAUUGUUUAGUUAAGGUGUGCAGUAUUUUUUUCUAUGUAUUUAACCUUUCUAAAUGGCAUUUUAGAGAAAAAUCCUUUGUUUUAUGAAAUGAGGGAAGUCAUUUUACUUUGAAACUUAUUUUCCUUUUAAAAAUGUCAUCUUUUAUACUUUGGUUACUUAUUCAAAGAUGGUAAUUUAGUGGGUUAACUAGUCCAAAUGCACUGAUUUUGAAAAGGGGACUUAGUUUCAAACGUUAAACACCAGAAAUAUUUAAACUGACUUAUUAUAUUGUAUGAAUUUUUUAUUUGUCUGUUUUUCUUUGGCUAAAUGAAUUUGUGUACUUAGUUAAAUACUUGCCUAAUAAAACCAAACCAAACCAGCUGCCGUCGAGUCAAUUCCAACUCAUAGCGACCCUCUAAGACAGAGCAGAAUUGCCUCAUAGGGUUUCCAAGGCCAUAAAUCUUUAUGGAAGCAGACACCCACAUCUUUGUUCCACAAAGCAGCAGGUGGGCUGAACUGCUAACCUUUUGGUUAGCAACCGAAAGCUUUAACCUCUGUGCCACCAGGGCUUCUUGCUGAAUAAAUAAGUAUAAAUCUCAUGAGCUUUAAUGGAAGUACAUUUGUUGAAAUGAUUACAUCUUUUUAGACUUAAAAUUUAUUGUACAUUUGAAGAAAAAUAACAAAGGUGACCGUGGUCUAUAUAAAUGACAUUGACUCUUUAAGUGGAGAAUUAUAAUUCAGUGAUAUUUGCUGACCCUUUUUAAAAAUGUCUAAUGAUUUUGUUUUAAACUGAAAAAUUAAAAAGAAGUUAAUGUAUUAACUUGUCCUGACUCAAAACCUCUACUGGUGGGGUGGUGGACAGAAGAGAAAUGAGUUUGCAUUAUCUCUUGAAUCCUAUAUCAUCUUUUUUAAGAGUAUACUUUUUAAGAGUACUGCUUUUUAAUAGUUCACUGUUUUAAGAAGUUAAUAAAAUCUCAAAACUUAUUUUCCUCAUCCAGAAUUUUUCUGUUUACUAUGUCUGAAACUUAGAAUACUAUAUACUGAGCCAUCUGGAAAUUGUUGUUAGUUGUGGCUGAAUUGGCUCCAACUCACGGUAUGUUGUUGUUAGAUGCUGUCAAGUCAGUUUUGACUCAUAGUGGCCCUGUGUACAACAGAACAAAACACUGCCUGGUCCUGUGCCAUCCUUACGUCGUUGCUAUGUUUGAGCCCUUGUUGCAACCACUGUGUCAAUCCAUGUCAUUGAGGGUCUUCCUCUUUUUUGCUGACCUUCUGCUUUACCAAGCAUAAUGUCCUUCUCCAGGGACUAGUCCCAUCUGAUUAUAUGACUAAAGUAUGUGAGAUGAAGUCUUGCCAUCCUCACUUGUGUAUAACAGAAGGAAAUGUUGCUUAGUCCUGUGCCAUCUUCAUGAUUGUUGGUGUGAUUGUUGCUGUGACCAUUGUGUCAAUUGUGUCAUUCCAUCUCAUUUAGGAUUGG